CUAUUUUUAUUUUUUUCCUAAAUCAUAAUUAUAAUAAUAUAAGUAGUUUUUAAUUCUUUUUUUUUUUUUCAGAUAGCGACAUGCCAAUUCAAGGAAGAAAUGCAAUGAAUGUGUAGAUGAUAACACCAUUUUGCAUAACUAUAUCAACCACCCUCAUCUUUAUUCAUUUCUGCAUUAAAGCUGAACUCUGUGUGUGUGUGUGUGUGUGUGUGUGUGUGAGAGAGAGAGAGAGAGAGAGAGAGAGAGAGAGAGAGAGAGAAUGAAACAAAUCAAAAGCAACAACUUAUUCUCAUCAGCUUUGGUGAAAUUUGCAGUGUGUUUUCUGCUUCUAUGCAUUUCUUACCGGUUAUUAUCUUCAAGUUUUGUGCGGUUUCCUCUUGAGGUUUCAGAUCAUGAGGCUGCGGCGGCGGCGGCGGUUGAGCCACCCCAAUUCGUAGACGACCUCUUGCUCAACGAAGGCUGUGAUUUAUUCAAUGGGGAUUGGAUCCCAGAUUCUGAUGGCCCAUUCUACAGCAACAGCAGUUGCAGAACAAUAGAAGCUCCACAGAAUUGUAUGAGAAAUGGGAGGCCAGAUUUGGGGUACCUUUACUGGAGAUGGAAGCCCAAAGACUGCAUUUUGCCUAAGCUUGAUGCCAAGAGAUUUCUUGAGAUGAUGAAGGAUAAAUCACUAGCAUUUGUUGGUGAUUCAAUCAUGCGUAACCAUGUGCAGUCUUUGCUCUGCGUUCUAUCACAGGUCGAAGAAGCCGUUGACAUCUACCACGACGAGCCUUACAAGAACCGGAGAUGGUCGUUUCCCUCUCACAACUUCACGGUCUUCGUCGUAUGGGCCCCAUUCCUAACGAAAGCCUCCACUUUUGAGAACGACGAUGGUGUCUCCUCCGGCAUAAUCCAGCUACAUAUAGACGAGCCCGACACCAUCUGGACUGAUCAGUACGAGGAUUUCGACCACGUGGUGAUUGGUGGAGGGCAAUGGUUUCUCAAGUAUGCAAUCUACUACGAGAACAACACCAUUUUGGGCUGCCACGGCUGCCAUGGUAGCAACAUAACAGAAGUAGGGUUCGAGCAUGCUUAUAGAAAAGCACUCAACUCCACGCUCAAAUUCGUAUCCGAGGCGAAGCAAAAGCCGUAUAUCCUCUUCCGAACCAUGACUCCGGAUCACUUUGAGAACGGGGAAUGGGACAGCGGGGGUUACUGCAACAGGACGGAGCCAUUCAAAGCAGGCGAGGUUGAAACGAGAGACGUAGAUGAGAUGAUGAGAAAUGUUGAGCUUGAGGAGUUCGAGUGGGCAGUUUCAAGAAACGGGGCAGGCAGUUUGAAGCUGCUCGACACUACCAUGCUUUCGCUCCUCAGGCCGGAUGGGCAUCCGGGCGUGUACAGGCAGUUCCAACCAUACCAGGGGAAGGACAAGGAUGCAAAGAUUCAGAAUGACUGUUUGCAUUGGUGCUUACCUGGGCCUAUAGAUUCUUGGAAUGAUUUGAUCAUGGAAAUGCUGCUUAGAAACCAAAGAUAAUUUUUGCAAUAAGUCAGUUUUGUAAUUACUUGCGUGCUAGUUUUGCUAUUGUGCAUUGCACGAUAUAUAAAUAAUUUAUAUUUUCAACUCAA